AUGUCAUGGAAUAUUAUGGAAUUCCUGGCGCCCCUGAAACCAGUGGCUAUUCGGAUAGUGAGGAACAUGCAUGGGAACAAGACGGGGUAUGUCUUUGUGGAUUUCAGCAGUGAAGAGGGAGUGAAGAAAGCCCUGAAGUGUGACAGGGUGUACAUGGGUGGAUGCUACAUCAAGGUGUUCAGGGAGAAGCAUGUGCCCACAGCCAAGGGGACCCUGCAGAACAGUGUGCAACCCUGGCAAGGCCGGACACUCCAGAAAGAUGAGGAGGAGGAGGACCUGGCUGACUCUGGGAGACUCUUUGUGCACAACCUGCUCUACACCAGCACCGAGGAGAACCUGAAGGGGCUCUUCUCUCCCUACGGUCCCCUGUCAGAGCUCCACUACCCCAUCAAGAGCAUGACCAAGGAACCCAAGGACUUUAACUUUGUCACCUUCACGUUCCCUGAGCACACGGUGAAGGUCUGCGCAGCAGUGGAUGGGCAGGUGUUCCAGAAGAGCAAGGGCAGCGUGGCUGUCCGUGUGGCCCUUGGGGAGACCCAGCUGGUCCAAGAGGUGUGGCACUUCCUCCUCCACAAUGUGUUCAACCUGGACUCCUUCAGCCAGGCUGCACCUGGUGCUUCUUCCUCCAUGCCUGUGGUGGCUGGUGGCCUGCAGUUCCACACUGAGAUGCCAAUCUGA